AUUCGAAAGAAGAUGAUGGAACGAAGUAAUUAAAGUGCCUCAAAGGACUAAAACAGAUGGAAAAAAGAUUGGAAAAUGUUUCUCUGUGCAUUCCUCGCCCUUGAAAGUAACUUUGGAGUACGUACAUAUAACGAUUGCAUUUACUUCUCAAGGACUACAAAUCACGCCGGUUGGUAACGGACAUGUUGACACCCUCUAUACUCAACAAUGGUGUAUUGGGCAGAGUAUCAAAAUAUAGCAAACUGGGUAUGGCUCAUUUGGUCACCGAUAUCUUUGACUCUUGGAACAUUAGGAAAUAUUCUAGCCUUUAUAGUUAUGAGGAGGAAAAACAUAAGAGGAAGUUCGAGUAGCGUCUACUUUGCCUCUAUCUCAAUUGCAGACACUCUGGUACUCUUUGCGGGAAUUAUACCAACAUGGGUAGGUGAAUUGACGACAGUAUUUGUCUUUUUAUUAAACCAAUGGACAUGUAAGGUGUUCUUUUUCUCCUUAUUUUCUUUUGCAGACAUUGCAAUAUGGUUGCUUGUUGGGGUCACUCUAGAUAGAUUUGUCGCUGUGUGCUUUCCACAUAGUGCAAAGCGAUGGUGUACGCGUCAAACCGCUUCGCGCGUGUGUCUGGUGAUUCCAAUAGUUGCAAUUUUAAAGAACACGCAUUUGUUUUGGACAAAGGGGAACCAAUGGGAGGCUGUUGGUAAUGUAACCUCGUUGGUGUCUGUAUGUGGUCAUCCAUCACCAGCGUAUGCUUACUUUGAGACAUAUGUGAGACCGUGGAUAGCAAUGGCCCUUUACGCCUAUAUCCCUGUGAUCGUGGUUGUCAUAUGCAACUUGAGUAUUGUACUACGACUAAGGAAGUUAAGGAAAAAGAUCAAACCAGACACAAUUGUUUCAGACCGAAAUCAACCCAAAAUAAAAUCUUCAAUGACAAUAAUGUUCAUUUCUGUUUCCUUGGUGUUCCUCAUACUAGUGGUUCCAAGUAUAACUGUGAUUGUGUCUCAACCAAUAUGGGUGAAGACAGACGAAGAUAAGGCCGUCAGUAAAUUGCUAAGCGCAAUCACGGAGAAUAUGGUGUAUGUCCACCAUGGGAUCAACUUUUAUCUAUAUUGUCUCACUGGCAAACGUUUCCGUGCAGAGGUAAUGACAUUGUUUAGGUCGAAGAAACAGUAUAACAUGUCAGCUGAAGAACCAACUAAUGCAGUUCAAGAAUCGUAAUUAAGAUGUGAAAUACAUGCAACCGAUAAGGAAUGUUUAAAAGUAUAUGACAAUACCCUUUGUACAAAACAUUACCUGAAUAUGACUCGGUGUCCUCGUAAAGUAGUGCCGGUAACCACUCGUACAUUACAAUAUUCUGAAGUGACGCAAUCACCCACUUUCUGGCGGCUUCAAACACCUUCUGGUCGCUCCAAGAUGGUUGUUUAAGUUGUAUCGUGUGCGCCAGGUAGUUGUGAUACCUGAACCAAAGAAUACUUAUGCUCAACAGCGCUGGAUUUUGGUGUCCUACUCUACUACCAAGCACUGGAAAAUAUGUUUAAUGGUAUAUUUUAUCUGUUGUUGUAUGUGCUUUGUGACAAAAUCUAAGAGGAUGUGAUGUCAAUAUUUUUACGACUGUGCUGGUGUUUGGUGCCAAUGCUGCUAUUCCCCACCACUUAUUAUUAUUCAUUUAUUAACCUGUAUUUAAACAGAGUAGUACAAAACAUAUAAUAUACAGUUAUGGUGGAUCGAAACAUAUUUACAGUUUAGUGACACCUUGUUAAUUACAAGAGAUCAGAUGCAUCUAUAGUGUGUUUCACUAGUAUGUUAAUUGCCAGCAUAUUGGCUGACGAGCUUUGCUCUUUUGAUAUACAUUACAUGGAUGAUGUUCGAAAUACCAGCCAUGUCUGAAUAAGUGACGUUG